AUGUUGUUCGCUUUUGUGCUGCUGUCGCUCGUUUCGUUCCUCCCCCUCGGUCUUGCCUACCAUGAUCUCAGCGACGAUACCCUUAGGAGUCUACCCGGCCCGGGCGACGACUUUAAUAUCAAGACGGGAGCGCUGCUAGCACCGAUCUUGCGACCCCGAGUAUCUGGUACCGAAGGCAAUGCGGCCGUGCGACAACACUUCAUCGACUUCUUCAAGACGAAUCUUCCAGAAUGGCGCAUCGAGCUGCACAACUCGACUUUCACUACACCAGUGAGCAAAGGGAAGGAGGUACCUUUUGUCAACCUCAUUGUGACACGCGACCCGCCUGGGACCAGCGAGGGCGAUGUCUCGCGCCUGGCAUUGGUAGCCCACUACGACAGCAAGCUCACGCCGAAGGGCUUCAUUGGCGCAACGGACAGUGCAGCGCCAUGCGCCAUGCUACUGCAUGCUGCGCGCACACUUGACGCAGCACUAACGAAGAAAUGGGCGACUGAAGCGGGCGAUGAUCUAGACGUGGAGCACAAGGGUGUGCAGAUACUGUUGCUUGACGGCGAAGAGGCCUUCCAUAGCUGGACUGACACAGACAGUCUGUAUGGCGCACGUGCUCUAGCCGAAGACUGGGAAGCCUCCUUCCACACCGCCGCUUCGACGUACCGCACGCCCCUCGACUCGAUGGAGCUCUUCCUUCUGCUCGAUCUGCUAGGCUCCGCCGGUCCCCACGUGCCAUCAUACUUCAAGACCACCCACUGGGCAUACAAGCACAUGGCGAGUGUCGAGGAUCGUUUGCGCAAGUUGAAGCUCAUGAGGUCCUCGCCCAACCACCCUGAGCGCAUGGCGAGGCGCGAGAACAAGAAGCCACGCGCCGAGCCCCAUUUCUUGUAUGAAGAGAACAAGGCCGAGAACUCCUUCAUUGGCGGCUUCGUGCAGGAUGAUCAUGUUCCCUUCAUGGCUAGGGGCGUGGAGAUCCUACACAUCAUUCCAUCGCCGUUCCCACGAGUGUGGCAUGAGAUCGCGGACGACGGAGAGCAUUUGGAUAUGGACACAGUAGAGGAUUGGGCGAAGAUAGUCACUGCAUUCGCAGCAGAGUGGAUGGAGUUGGAAGGCUUCUUUGACGUCAAAGCAGAGAAGCGGCGGUUAGCAGAGAAAUCGGAAUUUGAGAUACUCUAA